AGUGAAUUACAACCCUCUCCUCUCAAGAACGGUCUUCCUGUCCUUCCGGAAGCAUUAGCUGUGAGUGAGCGCAGCACUCUACCACUCGCUGUGCCACCGAACUCCACUCUAUUAAACACCCUCCACUCCGGCGUUGCUUCCUUUUCUAUCGCACCCGCAGGCAUGGGUACGGCUGUUGUUGAAUCCACAUCGGUCGGUGGUGAAGGUCAGCAACUCAUGCAUCAGCAAUACUAUCAAGACCGUAUCCAACGUCUCGAACGCGAACUUGAAUCUGUCCGUCGGCAGGCCUCUAGACAUGUUGAUGUGAGUUUCAUAAAUGCACCUGUGGGCGUUCUCCUAACCCAGUGCUACCAUGAUUUGCUCUUAUUCUAA